AUGGUAGUAUUGUACAAAGAUCUUCCUUCACAGGCCGAAAAGGCCAGACAAACUUACGAAGAGAUUAAACGUUCCUUUUAUAGAGGGAAGGGGGUAGGAAAUGUUAGUCACGUAGAGGAUUAUAGAUGCAAUUGCAAAUACAAACCGGGUAAAGACAACAUAAAAAGGGCCUGUGGUGAGAUUGCUGGAUGUGUGAACCGUGAACUAUUCAUUGAAUGCUUGGAAAAUGAUUGUCCAUGCGGAGAAUACUGCUUGAACCAAAGAUUUCAAAAGGCAGAAUACGCUAAAGUCGACGUCAUAUCUCUACCCCUCAAAGGAUACGGUUUAAGAGCGAUGGAAUCACUGUGCAAGAAUCAAUUCGUAAUGGAGUACCUCGGAGAAGUGAUCAAAAAUGAUGUGUUUCAGAAGCGUCUAAAGCAGUACAGCGAGGAAGGUCUGAAGCAUUUCUACUUCAUGUCACUUCAAGCUGGAGAAGUAAUUGAUGCGACGGGGAAAGGCUGCGUUGCCCGAUUCAUUAAUCAUUCCUGUGCACCUAAUUGCUAUGUUCAAAAAUGGAUGGUCGGAGACAAGUAUCGAAUUGGCAUAUUCACACUUCGGGACGUUCAGGAAGGUGAAGAAUUGACAUUUGAUUAUAAUGCGGAUCGUUAUGGAUCCGAGGCACAAGCGUGCCACUGUGGAGAACCUGAAUGUCGAGGUAUUAUCGGAGGGACAAAGGAGACCAGUGAUAAUAUCUUAUCGCAAGAUGCCAUCGAGGCAGACUUGCUGAAGCCCAUACUGAGUACGGACGACGUUCUACCGUUCAUAGGCCUCAUGUUACGUUCCAUCGAUAAACGUGGAAUGGUACCCGGGUUGCUUUAUCGACUAAGGAUCACCAAUGACAUUAGAAUACUCAAAAUGUUUAUGAAACUUCACGGUUCGAUAAUGCUAAAAACCUAUUUAAGGGAACACCAAGAUAAUGACGAUAUACUUGAGAAGACCCUUGCGAUUGCUGAUAAGCUACCGUAUAAGUACAAGAACCGUCGAGUUGAGACAUCACACCUCAAAGAAUGGGUCGAGAAGUUGUCAAAUCGCGAUGAUAGGAUUGGAAAGAUUUGCCAGGAGCUGCUUGAAAAGUGGAAUAACCUUCCGGAAUUCUACAAGAUUCCCAAGUACAGUGAACUGGGCCUCGUUCCACCAACUUCGAUGAAGACGGAGGAUGGAGAUGCCAUGGAUAUCGAUGUCGAUAAGGAAUCCCGAUCCCCAGACGACAAAGGAAAGAACUCAGACAGUGGAGAGUCAAAUGAAACAAACGAAACAAUUCCCGAAUACGAAUAUUAUGAUUAUAAAUCAAGUCAUGAUUAUUUUGUUCGCUUCACCGAUAGUCAUUUUCCAUUUCAACACAUUUCACAAAUGGAAUAUUGGGUAUCGCAAAAAUUUGGAUCGUACAAAGCCGUUAUCACGCGAAACUCCUCAUCGUCACAUCCCAACGAUAGUCAGAACGGAGAUCCAGGAUCAUCAAGGUAUUGGCGAAAGAACAGAUAUGGAUCCCGUUCGCCAACGACUCCCAAGCAACCAGCCCUACCUCCGCUCGCGCCAAAUUGGUUUGAAACCACCGACGAAUAUGGGAACACAUAUUAUUAUAACAAAUAUACCAAGGAAACUUCAUGGGAAAGACCGGUUGUCAAGGAUGACAUGAAGACAAUUGAUGGUUUUAGUAAAGCUGAAAUACAAGGCAUCAUUGAGCGAGCCGAGGCUAUGGCCAGAAAAGCGGAAAAGGAGAGGGAGCGAGCUGCACGGGAGAAGGCCGAGAGCAACAAGGUCGGAGGCGAGCAAGUAUCAUCAGCAAAUGCACUCAGCGAGAGUGACUUUCGAAGUGCAAUCAAGCAACUGGUGGUUGAUUAUUGCAGUCGCUUCAAGCGUCAUAUGGAUGUACCGACCUUUAAGAAGCACGCAAGAAAUUGUGCGCACGUCGUCCAAGAGAAGGAGCUUAAGCGAUCCGAAUGGGUGGGUAAGACACUAUAUAGUAUGUCGGAAAGUUGCAAAACUCGAAUCAAAAAUUUUACUAUCGAGUGGAUGAAGAAGGUAGUUGCUCAUAUGAAAGCGGAAGCUGAAGAAAGGAAGAACGAGCAAGGUAGGAUGAGUAAAAACGAUCAUGACGAAUCAAAGAAUCAGAAAUCAACGACACAUACAGAAUCAGAAUUGGAGAGAAAGUCAGAACAUUAUAAAAACAGUGAAGACCGAGUUAGGUCGGGGCAAAAAGGAGUUAGAUCCGACUUCGAAAAUGUACAGAAAUUAGUUGAAAUUAUAAAAUCAGAGAACGAAGAGAAGACCGGUGAUAAACGAAAAAGAAACGAAGAUGAACGAGAUGAACGAGGUGAACAGGCGAAGCCGAAGACCGUUAAACCUGAUCAUGAGAUCUCAGAUGAGAAACAUGCACAUCAUCUUCCCAACCGAACAAUGAAGGAUAAUGGGGAUUUGGAAAAUCCGAUUGUUAUCGACGACGAGUUGGAAAAAGAAGCGAGGAAAGGCGAAAAACGAAAGUGGUUCGGAUGA